AUGGCGGAACCGGGCUUUUGCCAGCGCGUCAAUGACCUUGCCGAGCCAGGAAUGCUACUGGCUGGCAGCGCAUGGAGCUUUGCGGUGGUCCUUUUGGACACAUUAUUCCGACGAGGGGAGCUACUUGCGCCCGUUCUUCGGAUGUCCCAGAUCAGAUCAGAGGCCUUUUCGAGGUUCUGGAUUAAGUUUUCGGGAGCCCGUAAUCCUGUGUCUUCAAAACCAGUGGAACCAGUCGGCUCUAGCGCUCUGAUGCCGCCUCUGCUCGCCACCGCCAGCGGCGUAAUCCUCGACAUCGGCCCAGGAACCGGCACCCAGAUGCCCCUAUUCACGAACCCCAACAUCAAAGCCAUGUACGGCGCCGAGCCAGCUGAAGGUCUGCACGUUGACCUCCGCGCCAAGAUCGAGCACUGCAACCUCUCAUCAAAGUACCAGAUUCUCCACUGCGGCGCGGAGUCGUCAUCUCUUCUCCCCGCUUUGGACAAGGCCGGCUUCAAGGACCUGGGCAGCGGAGUCUUCGAUACCAUUGUGUGUGUGCGCGUGCUUUGCUCAGUGCCUAAGCCCGAAGAGACGAUUCGGGGUUUGUAUCGCCUGCUCAAGCCUGGCGGGAAGUUGCUUGUGGCGGAACAUGUCGUUAACCCGUGGUGCACGAGGAAGGGGAGCGUCGCAGGGAGAUUGGCACAGCUUUUUUAUACACUUUUGGGUUGGCCAUUUUUCAUGGGCAGUUGCCAUAUGGCUAGGAAUACUGGGAAGAUGCUGAGGAUGGCUGCGGCGGAGGACGGUGGGUGGGCGAGUGAUGGCCUUGAAACGUCGUUUGCAUGGGGCCCGCUGCCAUAUGUUAGCGGCACCUUGGUGAAGAAGGGUUGA